AUGAGCCAAAGAUCGUCUAGCAGCUCUGCACACAAGGUUCCAUUGUCGUCCACACACUCAUCAGCUGGAGAUGUAGCCAACAUCCGGGCCACCCCUGCCCUACCAAUGUCUCCUACAUCUGGAAGAGAACGCCUGAGUUCUGCUAGCAGCACUCCAAUAUCAUUUAAUCAAAUGACCGACUAUGAGUGGCUUGAGAGGGAGGAGAUCCACCUGCGAGAACUUGAGGAGGCUCGCUCCCGAACGGCGCAGAUGGAGAAGACAAUGCGUUGGUGGUCAGACUGCACAGCCAACUGGCGAGAAAAAUGGAGCAAAGUACGCAACGAGCGUAACAAGGCCAUUGAAGAAAACCGAACACUGCGUAACAAAAUGGACGCUUUCGUUAAGGAGGCCACAGAGCACAAACGUGAGAAGCAGGAGCUGCUCAACGAGAUUGACACACUGAAGCAAAAGAUUGAAGAACUCAAUAGCCAGCCGAGGCUGUCAAAGGAAAACCUUGACAGUGAUGCUAGUCCCCAGGGUGAGGCAAACAGCAUAGAGGACGUUCCACCCAAUGUUGCUGGCAAUACAGUAAAUAACAAUAUUAAUAAUAACAAUGUUGAAGAGACUGAGUAUGAUGCGGAUCAAGAAGAACUUGGUGCGGCAGCAGCAGCUGAUGGUGGCAGUGGUUCUGUUGAAAACCAUUAUGGGAAGCUUGAGCUUCAUGUGGACUCACCUGUUGCGACAUUGGCAAAAUCUGGUGCCAGGGAUUUGGAUUCAAAUGUCACAAAACUUGAAGAGAGCCUUUCUCUAGUGACGCUUAAGUUAGAAGAAUCUCACAAAAGCCUCCAGAUGCAACAUGAAGAAAAUCAUAAAUUAUCCAAACAAGUUGACCAGUUACAAGAAGAAUUGUCUCAACUGAAAACAAAAUAUGAAGAAAUAAAGCAAUCUAAAAUGGAUCUAUUAGCAGAGCUUGACCGUGUAAAGGUAGAGCAUAAAGAUGAAGUAUCUCGACUCUUGUUGGAACUUGAAGAUGAACAAGACAAUCGUCUGGGUGUAGAUAAAAAAAUGGCAGAUCUGAGGAAAGAGUUGGAAAUAUUACAAUCUGAAAAUGCUUCUGAGUGGGCAAAACGAGAACGUCUAGAGACGGACAAAUUGGCCUUGGAAAGAGAAAGCAAGAAGCUGCGAACAAAAAUAGAAGACUUGGAGGAGCAGUUGGAACAGAAGAAUCAACAAGCUGCUACAUUGAUCGACUCUGACAUGAGAACAAUGCAAUUUGAUUUGUCUGAGAAAAAUAAAGAACUUAGUGAACUGCGGCAUGCUCAUGCCAAAUUGAAAAAAAUCCACCUUGAGAAGCAUACAGAACUUGACCACACGCGACGCCGAGCUGAACAAUACGAGUUAGAAGUCAAGAAAUUAAGAUCUCGAAUUGAGGAAUUAAAACGAGACCUGGCCUCUGCUGAAGAUGAGGCUGACCUACAAGCUAACAACGUAAGAAAAUUACAACGUACCAAUGAAGAGUACGAAGAACAAGUGGGUAACUUGCAGGUUCAAGUGGAACACCUUCAAAGCAGACUACGGCGUGGGAAUGCUCAAGCGUGCUUAAAAUCUCGGUCAUCACAAAGCCUCAAAUCAUUUACAACUGAUGAAGCCACUACUUUAGGAGAUAGUGAUGAAAACACAAUGGAUGAAGAUCUUUCCUAA